AUUCUUAUACCUCUAUGGCCAACACACUAUGGGACAUAAGGAUGAGUACCUCCAUAUUCUUCAGUCAACGGCAUAUGGAUGUUGGGGGAGGUAAACUAGACCGAAAUUAUAGCAUAAUUGCGAUCACGGUCGAAGUGGGUAAAAGACGGGUAGUCGUGCCAAUGGAGACGUCGUCGUACUCUGCGAAUGGUUUGGUUUGUCUGUUGAAAUUUUUUGCUUGACAGAAAAAGCAGAAGAAUGGCGUUUGUUAAAUUGAUACUCGAAGUACCGCGGAGCUUGUUUCUCGCGAAUAGUAUCGCUGUAAGACGCAAUGUAUACAGCUGUGCCAGGAUAUCCGAAACAAACGUAUCCGAUGCAGUAGGAAAACGGAGAAUAAUUAAGGGCUGGGUCAAAGCGCUGCGAAACAUGAAGGAGAACGUGUUUAUCGAUGUUUCAGACGGCUCGUGCAGUGAGCACUUGCAAGUCGUAAUACCGAAAUCAGUUAAGCCGAGUAACUUGACCUAUGGAAGCAGCAUCUCAGUAGAGGGUGAUAUAGCAAUGGGACCGAAUGGGAGAGUAGAACUAAGAGCGGAAACCAUUUCAGUUGUUGGGGAAUGCGUUGUUUCAGAUGGUUAUCCGUUUGUGCCUAGGAAAAAAUAUUCGCAAGAAUACAUUAGGCAGUAUUUGCAUAUGAGACCGAGAACAAAUAGCUUUGGGAGCCUGCUGAGAAUACGAGAUUUGGCCACUGCGGCUAUAGGAGAUCAUCUCAGAAGUCGAGGCUUUGUCGGAAUCCACACACCAGUUUUAACUUCCAAUGACUGCGAAGGUGCAGGGGAAGUGUUUUCAGUCAGACCAGCAAAUGAGGGGCUUUUGAAAUCCAUGAAAAAGGAAGGUGUAUCAGACGAAGAGGCUUACUUCAACACUAAAGUAUUUCUCACGGUUUCUGGUCAGCUACAGUUGGAAUCCGUAGUAAGAGGAUUGUCCAAGGUUUUCUCUUUUGGUCCGACUUUUAGAGCAGAGAAUUCAAAGUCUCGAUUACACCUGUCCGAGUUUUACAUGAUCGAGACUGAGAUAGCUUUUACUAAAAAUAUUGAGGAGCUAGCUAAAGAGGCUGAAUUAUUGUUGAAAAGCGUGACUAAUUAUGUCUUCGAUAAGGGUGCUUCAGAUCUUCGUAUUCAUGGAGCACCAGAGCCAGAUUGGCUACAUAAGACUUUUGAUAUAAUCAGCUACGAUGAAGCUAUAAAAAUAUUGGAGAAGAAUACAGAUCGAUUAAGUUUGCCUCUUAAAUAUGGAGAGAGCCUUUCAAAAGAGCACGAACUAUUUCUAAUGCAUCAUACCAGCGGAGUACCGAUAUUUAUUGUUGACUUUCCAAAAGAUAGCAAGCCUUUUUAUAUGAAAAAAGCUUCCCACGACCCGACAAAGGCGGCGGCAAUGGAUCUUUUGGCACCCAUCGUCGGGGAAUUGAUAGGAGGCAGUAUGCGCGAAGAUAACUACGACGUGUUACAGUCUAAGCUAUCUUCGCUUACCCCAAACCUAGAUUGGUACUUAGAACUUCGUAAAUAUGGAAAUGUACCCUCCAGUGGUUUCGGAAUGGGUUUCGAACGUUAUUUGCAGACCAUAAUGGGCAUACCAAACAUCAAAGAUACUAUUCCGUUUCCUAGGUGGCCUCACAACUGCAAAUUUUGAAUAAAGAUGUGCUCUACACUGAGUA